GUAUUAUAAAAGAUGAUAUAACGAGUCGCCAUUUAUACUAACAGCUGGUGUUCUGCAUCAACAUACCUGCUAUUGCUGUAAGUAGGCGAGUGCAUAUCGUCGUCGAUUCGAUAAUGUCGGUGUUCUCUCCCUGGGAUUUACCGAUGCCGUCUGCUUCAAAUCACUCGAAUCUUCAAUGCUUUCUUCGUUCUGUUACUCCCGUUGUUCCUAUCCGAUUGCUGCCGAAGGAUAAUGAUACAAUCGAAGGCUUAACUUUGGGUGAUCUGUGGCACUCUUAUACCGAGUGGAGUGCUUAUGGCGUUGCUGUCCCUAUUGUGUUGAACAACGGCGGAGCCGUCGUGCAGUACUAUUCACCUUCCUUAUCAGCUUUGCAAAUAUAUACAAUCAAGCCCUUUUCUUUCUCAUUCAGUCCAUUGGGAAGCAUGGAAAACCCUGAAAUUGGCUCUUGUAGUAAUGAUCAUGACAGCAGUGAAGAAAUUUGCAAUUCUUCUUCUUCUUCUUCUUCUUCUUCAAGCAAUGGGUCAUGUUUGAGUUCGGAGAUCACUUGGGACGAUGAUCCUACUACGUUUACUCAAACAACUGAUCAGUGCGGCCACUUGUACUACCAAUACAAUGAGACGGCUAGUCCUUACGAUCGAGUUCCCCUUCUAGAAAAGAUUAGUGAGUUGAGCAAGCAUUAUCCUUGUUUAUUUGACCUCCGCAGCACAGAUGUUUCACCUUAUAGUUGGAUGGCAAUAGCUUGGUAUCCUGUCUAUCAAAUCCCAUCGGCAAGGGAUGUGAAAGAACUGUCGGCAUGUUUCCUCACCUACCAUCCAUUGUCAUUUCUACCUCAAGGCAGCAAGAAAGAAGAGGUUUCGCUCCCUCCUUUUGCAGCGGUUGCUUACAAGAUGCUUGGAACAUUGUGGACCAACCCCAAAACAUCAGACAAGGACACCAUUAAAUGCCAAAAAACUGCUGCUGCUUCCUGGUUGAGACAACUUCAAUUCCGGCACCAUGAUUUCGAAUUCUUUAUGUCUCGCCAGCCGCAAAAUAACUGA